GUCAUUCGAGUCGAGUGAUAGAUACCGUCCGCACAAGAGAAUUUCAUUCUUGGCAAAGAAAAUAUUCCCUUCUCUCAAGAUUUAAAGCCACUUUCGGUAGAAGAACGUAAACAAUUAGUUCCCAAGACUAUUAUGCUCACUCAGUUCCAUACUUUGCUUCUCUAUCUUGAUCAUAUAACUGGAAUUUGCCUCCUCAAUCAAGAAUCUGUGUAUGAAGAAUAUUUCUCGGAACAAUUUGGCAAACUACUUGACAUUGUUAUGGAUCCAUUUAAUGGAUCCAUCUAUGUUUACACUCCCAAACAGAUUUUCCACUAUCGAGUGACUCAUGAAAAUCGAAAUCUUUGGCAAUUGUAUUUGAAAAAAGGAAUGUAUGAUUUAGCUGAACAGAAUGCGGAAAAUCCUGCCCAAAUGGAUAUUAUUCUGGCACGAAAAGCUGAAGUCUCAUUUGACCAAAAGGAAUACCUUCGUAGUGCGGAAAUAUAUUCAAACACUAAAAUCAAUUUCGAGCAGAUUUGUCUGAAAUUUCUGUCGCUGGAAGAUAAGCGUCCUUUGAUGACUUAUGUGAAGAAUCGUUUAGAUAAAUUACGAAACGAAGAUCUAACUCAAAUAACCAUGUUAGUUGUGUGGUUGGUGGAAUUGUAUCUGACUGAAAUCUCUUGGCCAGGUUUGGAUGAGCAAAAAAGACAAGACUGGCAAUCGGAGUUUGAUAGUUUUUUACAAUCACCACGAGUGGACAAAUCUAUUCGAAAUAAUAGAUCGGUUAUUUAUGAUUUGAUGGCAUCACACGGUGAUAGUCAUAAUUUGUCAAUGUUGGCUGCUGUUAAUCAUGACUAUGAAUCAGUUAUGAACCAGCAUAUAAAUCAGCAGAAAUUCUCCCAAGCAUUGGGAGUUCUUAAAACCCAACGAAGUCCUGAGAUGUUUUAUAAAUACGCACCAAUUUUAAUGGAAAAAUUCCUCCAGAAACUGUAGCGGCAUUAAUGACUCAAGGAUAGAAACUCAAUGUGGAAAGAUUGAUACCGACUUUGAUAUGUUUGGAUAGUCAAUUGCAUAUUGAAGAAAUUAUCAAAUAUCUUGAAUAUGCUGUUUAUUCGUUGGGUGAACAAAAACAGGCAUUACAUAAUUAUUUAUUACGUUUGUAUGUAAACCGGAGAAGCUGGAUAAGUAUUUGGAAAAUGAAGGAACUGAUAUCACAUUGGUACACUAUGAAGUGAAGUAUGCUUUGCGAGUUUGUCUUGAACAUGAAGCAAAAACUGCUUGUGUAUUUUUACAAUGUUUGUUGGAGAUGUGGGAGGCAGCUGUUGAAUUGGCAUUGACAUUUAAUAUUCAACAAGCUAAGUUAACGGCUUCGAAACCUGGAGAUGAGGAGACAAGGAGAUUGAGCAGCAUCCCGAAAAAAAUUUGCAUGGUGUGAUACUGGUUUAUUAUUUUUAAAACUUGCCGUUUUAUUGCAGUUUUCAAAAAUGUAUAAAAAUUUCCAAAGUUGAAAUUAGAACGAAAGAUAUUACAAUUUAAAUGUAACAAAACAGGGCUUUUCAGAGAAAAAUAACAAAGAAAAAUAAACACAUUUUCUCGACUGUUGUUUGUUUAUUUCUUUUUGAAUAAAAGUCUCGACUUUUGUUUGUUUU